GUCAUUUUCCAGGUUUCAUGGAUAUAAGACCGCUGCCAACUGUUAUAACAUGAGGUUGACAGAUUCAUUCGUGAUUUCAAAAACGGAGGGAAUUUGAACUGUUUUAUUUGUAUAUAUCUUUCCAGGAUAAUUGGACAUUGUUUCUGAUUAUAUUAAAAUGAAUGAAAUGGAGGAAGUUUCUUUAGUGUUUGAGGGAGAAGUUUUUAAAGCUAGAAAAGAUAUGCUCUGCGAACAUAGUGACUAUUUUCGUGCUAUGUUUAGUGGUAGUUAUGUGGAAAACGAGCAACAGGAAAUUAAAAUUGACGUUGUUGAUGCUAAUUCAAUGAAAAUUAUACUGAGCUAUAUGGAAAUUCGUGUAAUAGAUCUAUUUGAAUUUUCUCUAAGUACAUUAGCUGAUUUAGCAGUUGCUGCAAAUUUUUUACAAAUUACAGAGCUUAUUACACAAAUUGAACAUAGUCUAGAAAGUCAAAUCAAUAUAUCUAAUUGGAUGGAAAUCAUGAUGAUAGCAGAAAACUCUUUGUAUGUAAAAUUACACCAAUUAUCAGCUGCAUUUGGUUUAUUAUCAUUUAAAAAUAUGCAAUCGGAGUAUGUCCCAUCUUUGCACAAAUUGUAUUGGUACCUCUCUCAUCCAUAUUUAGACGUUAGUAGUGAACUUGAUGUUUUUAAGUUUGGUUUGGAAUGGAUUUCAAAUAAUGAAACUGGUGCAGAUGCUCUACUAAUUACUCUUUGUUGUUUAGACAUAGGAAAAUUAAAAACAAAUGAUUUGAAAGAAAUGAAAACACUAGUCAAAGAUUAUUCAGAUAGUCUCGGCGCUAAAGUAAUAGAUUGUCUUCUUGAGCUGAGUAGUGGAGAAUAUGGUUUAUGCAUAACAGCUAUAGAAAAUCAGAAGGUAGUUUUAUGUGAAAUGUUUACAGAAAGAGUUUACAAUGAAGUUAUGAACUUAGUAAAGGACAGUAGGUCUCGAAUAAACACCAUUGAACCUAUAGUGCCUGUGUGGGUGGUCAAAGACUCCAAAUCGGAUCUAGUACCUCACUUUUUGUACAAAUUUUCGGAAGAAAAAGGAUUUGAAAAAUGGUUGGAAGUGGCAGAGAAGAAUUUGUGGGGAUGGCACAUUGUGGCUUGGGGUUUGACAAAGUUGAUAGUAAUUUGCGGCGAACAUGGACGUGGUACAGGCAUGUUUAUGAGAGAUGUCAAAGUAUAUGACACUUUGAGGAAGGAAUGGUCAUGGCAUGGUGUAGAACUACCUGCAAGGCGGCAUGCGGGUGUUGCAGUUGUUGGGGAUUCUAUGUAUAUUAUUGGAGGUGUAGGUGGGUUUAGGGUAGUGUUGGAUACUGCAAUCAUUUAUGAUUUGAAAAAAAAAACUUUUAGGAAUAUAGCAAAACUUCCAGACUCAAUACAAAAUCCUGCUGUGUGUUCACACGACAAUAUGGUGUACGCUGCAGGCCACAAAGAUAUAUAUCGGUAUGAGGAACAAGAAAAUACUGAUAGUUGGGUGAAAAUAGCUAAUGGUGAUGUAAGAAUGAGCUAUAUGAUAUCAUAUAAGAAUUAUAUUUAUUGUAUGCAAAACUACUUUAGUCACUUGCACAGGUUUAUGCCAGGCGUAGAUGAGAAGUUACAGUUGAUUACUUAUUUUUCUAAUCCACCAUCAACUGCAUGUAACUUAGGAAAUCGCCUUGUGGUUUUCACUAGGACUAUGUGCGGACUAACAGACAUUCUUACUGUAGAGGAAUACACAGGUCAAAGUGAUGAAGAAAAGCCUAAACUUAUUUGGUCGCAGUCAGAACCAGUGAUGGUUGUGAAUGACGUAGCUGGUUCAUGUUCUUUAGUUUUGUCCAUUCCACCUCUCGAUGUACCUACACCAUCACACCAUAAACGCUAUUUGGGAAGAUAUAAUGAAUAAUAUAUUUUUUCAAAGUAAAAGAAGUUUGUAUGUAUGUAAAAUUUAAUUUUGGUGCUAAGGUGAAGGUACAAAUCUAUUAAUAUAUAUAACUACUGCCCGCCCCCUUUCACAAAAAUGUAAUAAUGAAGAAACAAAGACCAAACAUUCCUUCUCAGUCGCUUUUUUUUAUAAGUUUUUAUUUUAUUAAUGCAUAUUUUUGAUUUUUUUGACCUCAUUAUGAAAUAAUGUGAUUACAAAAGGCAAAUAAUUUUUAUUUUUAUAGAUUCUAUUAUUAAUAAUUGUGUAAUAUAAUUUAAACCAAUCUUAGAUGAAUAUUAAAAAUAAUUUGAAGAAUUUUA